GUUAGCAAGGUUGGUGCUGGGGCUUCAACACUGUCCAGCUUAUAGCAAAGAUUUGCAUGAAAGGAUCAAAGUGAUAGGAUGUACUGAACCCAACCUAUUCCCUGAAGGGGACUGACAGCUGAGCUAGCCUCUGUACUUAAUGCUUCUCGGGACAUACACAGAGUUCUGCAGCUUGAACAGGCAGAUGUGACUGGGUGACUUCGGAGAGGUGAAUCCCCCCCACUCAACUUUAUUCUGCUGUUCAGUCCUGGGACAAGCCAGCGUCCGAGUGCUGCAACAAGAAGUUGUGGAAGGGAAGAGGAUGAGGAAGAGCUGCUCGUCCCGGUCUCUGUGUGCUGAGCUGGGCCAGGGCUCAGUGUCCUACCGGGAGCAGCAGGGAGCAGGCAGCAAGCGGCAGCAGCAGGGGGCUGGCAGCGGCUCGGAGGAAUGCUCGCUCAGCUCGGCGGUGCCCCGGUCACGGCGGUGCCCGAGGGCUGUCUGUGUACUCAAUGAGACCGCCAAACCGAACAGUCCCGGGUGGGGAGCGCUGCAGUGCCUGGCUACAGCGUGCAGGAGCCGGGAGACCGAGCUGCUGAAACUCCCUUUCGGCAAACUGGACUUCGGGGAGACCCCAGUGCUUGACUCUUUUUACAAUGCAGACAUUGCUGUGGUGGACAUGAGCGACGUGUUCCGGCAGCCAACACUGUUUUACCAUCUGGGUAUACGAGAAAGCUUUGGCAUGACAAACAGCGUCAUUCUCUACCACAAUACUGACCUGGAGACUGCUCAAUCACUCAAGGCUGCCAGCAGGAGCUAUCAUUUCAUCCCCUACGUGACAACCACCAACAACGAUUACCUGUGCUGUGAGAAUGAUUUUCAACGGAGGGCCUCCGAGUACUUGCAACCAAAUUGGGACAUCUUACUGGGACCUUUCUGCCAGCCAUUGGUGGAGAAAUUUAUCAGUCUCCUAAAAGAUAUUGAAGUUACCCCCUCAUGCACAUAUAUCAAGGAUACUCUGCUGAGUGACAUUCGAAAAUUGAGGGAGCGAUACCAAGGAGAUGAACUUGCCAAACAACUCACUGGCAUUAAGCAGCGUAUAGAAAGCACGGAGGUUGUCACGCCUGACGUUAUCACAAACUUGCUUUUCUCAUACAGGGACAUCCAGGAUUAUGAUGGUAUGGUCAAGUUGGUAGAAACUCUGGAGAUGUUGCCGACCUGUGACCUGGCUAAUCAGCACAACAUCAAAUUUCACUAUGCAUUCGCAUUGAACAGGAGGAAUCACCCAGGCGACAGAGAAAAAGCCUUGAAUAAGAUGCUUGAAGUCCUGAAUUCAUGUGAGCAGCCUGCCCCUGACAUGUACUGCUUGUGUGGAAAAAUUUAUAAAGACCUCUUUCUUGACUCAUACUGCAAUGAUAUAGUGAACCGGGACAGUGCCAUAGAAUGGUAUCGCAAAGGCUUUGAGCUCCAACCAACCUUGUACUCUGGGUCUAAUUUGGCCAUUCUCCUAAUUGCAGCUGGUCAGCAGUUUGAAAGCUCAAUGGAGCUAAGAAAAAUUGGCAUGCGACUGAACAGUCUGCUGGGUAGGAAAGGAAAUCUGGACCAAAUGAACAACUUCUACGAUGUGGGCCACUUCUUCAUAGUCAGUAUGUUAGCCAAGGACGUCAACAAGGCAGUGCAAGCAGCUGAGAAACUCUUCAAACUCAAGCCCCCUUUUUGGUACAUGAAGUCAUUAGUUCAGAACCUGAUCUUGUUGCAGCAAUUCCAGAAAAUCAACAGUGAUCAUUCCCCAAAACAGGAAUGUCUCAAUUUCUGGAUGGAUAUCAUUGUGGAAGCAACAAGGACCAAUAUCUGUGGAUUACGUUUUCCAGUUUUGAUUCUUGAACCAACAAAUGUCUACCAGCCAUCUUAUGUUUCCAUAAACAGUGAAGCAGAUGAGAAAACCGUUUCCAUUUGGCAUGUCUCAUCAGAGGAAAUGAAGGGAAUUCAUGAGUGGAAUUUUACAUCCUCAUCCAUUAAAGGUAUAAGCAUAUCGAAACAUGAUGAGCGUUGCUGCUUCUUAUACGUCCAUGACAACUCUGAUGAUUUUCAGAUCUCCUUCUCCACAGAAGCUCAGUGCAGCAGGUUUAGUUGCUUGGUAAAAGAAAUGAAUGAUGAAGCAGCCAGUGCUGGGGAGCUGGAGGGUGACACUGAUGGAGACACACUGGAGUAUGUAUAUGACUACGAAGAGUCUGAAGAAAGGGUGGUGUUAGGCAAAGGCAAAUAUGGAGUGGUGUAUGCAGGACGGGACCUCAGCAAUCAAGUAAGAAUAGCAAUUAAGGAAGUACCAGAGAAAGAUGGCAGGUACUCUCAGCCCCUUCAUGAAGAGAUUGCUCUGUACAAAUGCCUUAAGCACCGCAAUAUUGUCCAGUAUCUUGGUUCAGUUUCUGAAGAUGGCUACAUCAAGAUUUUUAUGGAGCAAGUGCCAGGAGGAAGCCUUUCUGCACUCCUCAGAUCAAAGUGGGGCCCAUUGAAAGAUAACAUCUCUACCAUUGUGUUUUACACUAGACAGAUCCUGGAGGGCCUACAAUUUCUCCAUGAGAACCAGAUUGUGCACAGAGACAUCAAGGGAGACAAUGUUCUUGUAAACACAUACAGCGGAGUGGUGAAGAUCUCAGAUUUUGGAACAUCCAAACGAUUGAUCGGAGUGAAUCCUUGCACUGAAACAUCUACUGGAACACUACAAUACAUGGCUCCUGAGAUUAUAGACAAAGGCCCUCGAGGUUAUGGUGCCCCCGCAGAUAUUUGGUCUUUGGGCUGCACCAUUAUUGAAAUGGCUACAGGGAAGCCACCAUUUUAUGAAUUAGGGGAACCCCAAGCAGCCAUGUUUAAGAUUGGAAUGUUUAAAAUCCAUCCUGAGAUCCCAGAAUCAAUGCCAGCAGACGCAAAGACCUUUAUUCUUCGCUGCUUUGAGCCUGAUCCCUGUAAACGAGCUACAGCGGCAGAACUCCUCCGAGACCCUUUCCUCAGGAAGACCAACAGCGGCAAGAAAAAUAAAAUUGCCUUCAAACCAAGUGAUCAUAGUCUCAGCAUAUUGCUUCCUAUCACCUCCCAGAGUGAAAACCUGGGCAGCAAUGAAAGUGAUCAUGGAUCAUUGUCACCAGACUCUGAUGCAAAGCAUGAUAUUUUCUUUGAGAGAAAUGGGAAACCAAAAGCAGAAAAUCCGAACCAUGUUCUAGGGUCUCCUUUACCGAGUAUCCCUGAUGUACCUUCGUCCUCUAAAGAUCGAAGCAGUCCAGUUUCUUCCGAUGAGAUAGACACAGGCCUCUUCCUGUUGAAGAAAGACAGUGAACGCAGAUCCAUUCUUCACAAAAUCUUGAUUGUGGAUGAGAAUCAGGUUGUUUCCAACCUGUUGGAAAGUCUGACACAGGGGCACGAAGAGCUUAAGCUGUCAGUUGACCACAUUAAACAGAUUAUUGGUAUUUUGCGGGAUUUUGUUCGUUCCCCAGAGCGAAGAGUGAUGGCCAACACCAUCUCCAAAAUCAAACUGGACUUGGAUUUUGAUGGUAUCUCCAUAAACCAGUUUCAGCUGGUUCUGUUUGGUUUCCAGGAUGCGAUUAAUAAGGUUUUGAGACACCAUCACAUAAAGCCUCACUGGAUGUUUGCAAUGGAUAACAUUAUCCGCCGUGCAGUCCAAGCGGCAGUCACCAUCCUCAUCCCAGAGUUGCGCUCUCAUUUUGGCACUACCUCUGAGGGAGAAGGGCUGGACAAAGAUACAGAUGAGGUGGAAGAGCCCAUGUACCUACAGGAAGAGGAAUCUGAAAACAAGGACCCUCCUGUUACUCCAAAAGCGAGCAAUUUUAGUUCACUCGCAUCGCAAGACUUUCAGCACCUACAAAAUCCUCUGAGUGUGCAGCUGAGAGAACUGAGACUGGAGACUAACCGGCUUUUGGAAGACUUGGUCCAGAAGGAGAAAGAGUAUCAGAAGCUUCUUCAACAAACAAUUGAGCAGAUACAGCAGGAUGUGUAUCUUCUUCAGUUAAAAUCCAAUCCAACAGUUCCUUCAGUGCCAAACCCUCCUGAUCAUCACAGAACGGAUCGAGAGCUUACUGAAUGGCUUCAAGAGCAAGGAGCAGAUCCAGUUACAAUAAACAGGAUGUGUGCAGAAGGUUACACGUUGCCUGAUGUAUUGAAACAUAUCACUAAAGAUGAUUUAAGAAGCCUACAACUCCAAGGAGGACCCAUUUGCCGAAUCUGGAACGGUAUUUUAAAGUUCAGGAAAGGAGUCUAAUCUUCCAGAGUGCUAUUUUUAUGACAUGAGUGACCAAAGCUGC